CCAUUCCCCCAUUCAUUCAACUUUCAUUCAACUUUCAUUUAAUUCAUAUCAAAUUUAUACUCAAUUCAUUUACGAUAUCAUCAUGAAGUCCUUCUCUUACGCCCUGGCCCUCACGGCUAUGCUCACCGGCGCAAAUGCCUCCUGGAAAGGUUUCAACAACCAAGCAACCCUCUCCAACGGAGCUUGUAAGGCUCAGUCCGACUGGGAAAAUGACUUCAACAAGCUGAAAAGCUUGCCCGGUGGCUAUUCUGCCAUGCGUGUCUAUGCCGCCUCUGACUGCAACACCCUCGCGAAUGCUGUUCCUGCAGCCGUUGCCACGGGCGGGAAGAUUCUGGUUGGCAUCUGGACUGAAGAUUCGAACCAUUACAAUACAGAGAAGCAGGCUCUCUUGUCUGCGGUCCAAAAAUACGGAUUUGAUUGGGUUGCCGCAGUCAGUGUAGGCAGUGAGGAUUUAUACCGGGGCGAUACCACGGCAUCUGCUCUUGCACAGCAAGUGAACGAUGUUCGAGGCAUGCUUUCCACGGUCAACGGUUACAAUAACUCGGUGAAGGUCGGACAUGUCGAUACUUGGACUGCAUGGACGAACGGCCAGAGCACCGAUGUCAUCAAGGCCUGUGAUUUCAUUGGCACUGAUGGAUAUCCGUACUACCAGACCGUGAACGCAAACAGCAUCGACAAUGCUUCCAACCUCUUCUGGCAGUCGGUUCAGGCCGUUAAUGAUACUGUCCAUAGUGCUGGGUCGAAUGCACCAGUCUGGAUCACGGAGACCGGUUGGCCAACUUCUGGGUCGACAGAAAAUCAGGCCGUUCCCAGUGUGCCCAAUGCUCAAAGAUAUUGGUCAGAGGUUGCUUGCUCGGCAUUUGGGAAGGUGGAUACUUUCUGGUAUUCACUUCAAGAUUAUAAUGCCAACCCCUCGUUUGGAGUUCUGGAUUCUAACGGCAAUCCUAUCUAUAACUUGACCUGUUAGACAUCAGAUGUCUGGCAGUCCGUUUCAUGAAUCCGUUAUAAGUCAUCGGCGUAUCGGGCAUAUCAGGACGGUGCAUUGGGACGGACAUAUCAGGAUGGUACAUGUGGACGGUGUAUAGGAUUGGCAUUGGGAAAACAGGAGGAAUCAAACUGGAUUUGCAUAGGAUG